CGAUCCAGCGUCUCUCCAUUCAGCCUCGUUCACCUGUGUACGUCGACGCUAGUGUGAACGAAGGGAUACCGGGGACAGCAGCGAACCUUUACUUUUACGCUAUCUGGCUAAGACGCUGAGAUUUGAUCGACCAAGUAAAAGGUUCUUUGCUAUGCAGAGGUUUAAUGCAUUGUAAAGAAGAAAAUGGGCGAUAAGAAUGAUAAAGGCCCUAUUACUCGUAAAAGAAGGACCACCAUCUCUGGACCAGGGGGUGCAACUUUGAAACAGGCGAAUGGGACUCGGACAGAUGCUUGUGACGCUAUUGAGGCGCAUCACAGCAAUGGUAAAUCGAAGGAUCUGAAGGCGCAGGAAUCCGCCACCCCGACGCGAAAGGACAAAGGGAAGCAUGAGAUCAUUAACGAGAGACUCAGCUGUCACAAAUUGCAGGAGUCCUUGCUAAGCUCGGCCAGCGGCUACAGUAACUACAGAGGCAUCCUUAACUGGUGCGUUGUCAUGCUGGUCUUGAGCAAUGCACGCCUUUUCCUUGAAAACAUCAUAAAGUACGGGAUAUUAGUGGACCCGAUCCAAGUGGUGUCGCUGUUUUUGAAGGACCCCUACAGCUGGCCUGCCCCGUGCCUUGUCAUCGUCUCAAAUGUGUUCCUAAUGGCAGCUUUGUAUAUAGAAAGGAGGCUGUCAGUGGGCACAGUCUCCGAACGGUUUGGGACGCUUCUUCAUACAGCCAACCUCUCUACCAUCCUUUGCUUUCCAGCGGUCACAGUGCUGACGGUGAACUCCAUAACCCCAGUGGGUGCAGUCUUUGCUCUGGGUGUGUACACCAUCAUCUUCCUGAAGCUCUACUCCUACAGGGACAUGAACAAGUGGUGCAGAGAGAUCAGACACGCAAAAGCCCGAACCCUGUCCAGGUCCCAUUCCUGCCCAACAGUACAGAGGUCCAAUGGAUCAGCAGUACAGGCCCAGGUGUCCUACCCAGGGAACCUCACACACAGAGAUUUAUACUAUUUUGUUUUUGCCCCGACCCUCUGCUAUGAGCUGAACUUCCCGCGGUCAACUCGGAUACGCAAGCGUUUCCUACUCAGGAGGCUUUUUGAGAUGCUAUUCUUCAUGCAGUUGCUGGUCGGAUUAAUACAACAGUGGAUGGUACCAACUAUUCAGAACUCCAUGAAGCCAUUCCAGGACAUGGAUUUCUCCAGAAUGAUUGAGCGACUCCUCAAACUGGCAGUUCCCAAUCACCUGAUCUGGCUGAUCUUUUUCUACUGGUUCUUCCACUCUUCCAUGAACUUUGUGGCUGAACUGAUGCAGUUUGGGGACAGGGAGUUCUACAGAGACUGGUGGAACUCUGAGACGGUCACGUACUUCUGGGCGAACUGGAACAUCCCUGUGCAUAAGUGGUGUCUCAGGCACUUCUACAAGCCCAUGCUGAAGAGGGGGGUCAGCAAGUGGGCCGCCCAGACGGCCGUGUUCCUGCUGUCCGCCUUCUUUCACGAGUACCUUGUGAGCGUCCCCCUGAAGAUGUUCCGCCUGUGGGCAUUCAUGGGCAUGAUGGCACAGAUUCCUCUGGCCUGGUUUGUGGGUCGAUUUCUGAGAGGCAACUAUGGCAACGCGGCGGUGUGGAUCUCCCUCAUCAUUGGCCAGCCAAUUGCCGUGCUCAUGUACGUCCAUGAUUACUACGUGCUCCACUUCCAAAAGUCGUGACCACUCCGGGGCACGAGCAGAGGCCUCAAACAGAGUACCAGUCCCUGAUACUCUCCACUGUUUCUUUACACAAGUAAAAUUAUACAGUAAUUAAAUGUCUAUUUUUUGAGGGGAAAUAUAAAUUUAGAAAGUAGUGACUCGACAACCAGAAUGGCUUUUUAAGGUGGUAUGGAUGGGAUAAGUAUUUUAAUGCAAUUGUUAGCCAUCCAGACACCAGCUAUUUGCACUUUGCUACUGUAGAGAGGUUGAGCUCUCCAGUAUUCAUGUGCAGUUAUUCUGUAACACUGCCCUGCCAAAGUGACGUCCAAGUACAUUUCUAUGCCUUCCCAUUCUUUCUUACUUGAAACUCAACUCUACAUAUCAGUAGAAUAUGAAAUUAAGUGCAGCCGUCCUUAAACGAGCACCAGACUGUAAGUGUGUUUUUUCGGUACGUUCAGCACUUCUGUUGCCUUUUGGAACAUCUAACCUGCUCUGUCAGCUUCUCUUUGCUCAUGGUUUUGCAUUUUCUGUUAUGGCUGCAAGUAGAACAGGAACCAGUGUUGCAGUUAUGUUGUCUAGUUUCUUGAUUUUUUUCUCUUUUUUUUUGCCUGGAUUUAUGUUAACCAUCAAGGGUCUUGCAAUAUGAAUUAAGCCCAUCUCUUUUGUUAAAUAAUUGAUUUUAUGUAACUAUUUAUUGUUUCUUUGCACUAUUUGCAUACUGGCAUUUGCGUACUGCAUGGUGUUUUGUGUAUAUUUGCCAAGCAAUAGACAAAGUACUUUUGAGUACUUACAGGCAAUUCAGUAAAUGCAGUUGAGUAUUAUUUAAAAUAAGACAGACAUUUGACUUUACCCAUUGCCUUCAUAUUCACCAAACCUUAUUUAAAUAAUCUAGUUGAAAAAAGAACAAUGAGGCAUAUAGUGUAAUGUCAAAGGAUAACCUUUAAGUUAAAAUCACAGCCUCAUCAAGUCAACAGUAUUUACUGUUUCCUUGGUCCAUUCCAGAACUUUGCACUCUAACAGUUCAGUGAAGUAGUAUACUCUUAUUUCUGUUUAAGUACUCUUAAUGUGUUUGGAAUGGAGCUAUGAAAGAGUUUAUUUUUCUAAUAACCACUUUCAGUAUGGCACUUUUUGAUCUGCACGUUUUGAAUUGAUGUCACAUUCAAAAAUGAGUUUAUUUAAGCAGAAAAAUGCAAAUGCUUAUGUGCCUGUAAACAACUGAGCCAUUCAGUGACGUCAUUCAGCUUCUGUAAGGAAUUUAUUUUCUGUUCAGUACCUUUUAAGUUUGUUUCAGUAUAUUGGAAAAUUAUUUGUAUUGAAUUAUGAUUUAUGUAUAAGCAAUGGCAUGAUGAAGGUCAUGUACCACAGUGAGCAUAAAUAUUCAGGGAUGUAACUGCGUGUAAGUUCAGGGUUGGCUUUGAUCCUCACCAAAAAUAGCAAAACCGAAUGUAUAAUUUAUUUGAUCUAAAAAAUAAGUGAAAAUAUAAGGAAAUAAGAGCAAACUUUGUGAAAGCUAACGGUUUACCUGGCAUAUUGUUUUGUUACCUGGCAUUCCACAAAAGGGAUUGUUUUAUGAGAGGAAAUUCAAACAUAUUCUAUUUUUGGCCUCACAAAUGCAUGGGGCUUCAAAAGUAUUUUUUCCAUAAUAUUAAUUGACUAUAUAAAGAAGAGUCAGAGAGGGCAAAUCAUUGUCUGUUUCAUCCUGUGGGAAUCUGUGAUUGUGACCUUAUUUUCCUAGUCUUUUUCUCUGUGGUGACAUUUUGUAAAUUUAGAUACUUGGUUAUUUUCUCUGUUCUCGGCUCCCAUUUUGGUAGCUGUGAAAUAAAGUCCUGC